GCGAGACUGGGUGUGUUUUUUCUCCUAAAAACUUAAUUCUUUUUAGAAAUAAUGUGUUUCCCAUAAAGGAGCAUAAAUUUGUUCAGUGAUUAUUGGUCCAAAAAGCUGUUACCAUACCUAAGUUAAGUUUAUUUGUCGAAGCCUCUAAUAGCUGGUUUGGUUAAGGAAGGGAGCAACAUGAAAUUACUGAUUGUCUUGUUUGCCCUGAUGGGCGUUAUUUUGGCCGCUCCUCAAGGAUUUGUCGGAGUCCACGUCGUCCCUGGCGAUAUCCCAGCGCUCCAUAGUGCAGGAAAGCUUCGUGUUCAGGAAGGAAGGGAAGAUUUAAAGGAUGAACACCCGGAAUACCGCAUUGGAUUCAACAGUGGAGGAGGAUUUGGUAGCCAAGGUGUUUAUGGAGUAUCAAGUCCUGAUGUUGGUGGUCAAAGCGAAAGAUUCAAUCCUGGAAGUUCAAGAGAGUUUGCAGGUAUGCAUGGAUAUAACGGAGCAGAUCCACAAUUCGUUGGUCAAGGGGAAGAAUUAAAAAAUGAACACCUGGAAUACCCAAUUGGAUUCAACAGUGGAGGAGGAUUUGGUAGCCAAGGUGCUUAUGGAGUAUCAAGUCCUGAUGUUGGUGGUCAAAGCGGAAGAUUCAAUCUUGAAAGUUCAGGAGUACUUGAAGGUAUGGAUGGAUAUAGCGAAGCAGGUCCACAAGUCGCUGGUCAAGGGGAAGAAUUAAAAGAUGAUCGCCCGGGAUUCAACAGUAGAGGAGGAUUUGGUAGCCAAGGUGUUUAUGGAGUAUCGAUUCCAUAUGGCGGUUAUCCAAGCACAGGGUUCAAUUUCGGGCAUCCAGGAGAAUUUGGAGGUAUGGAAGGAUAUAGCGGAACAGGUCCUCAAGUCGUUGGCAAAAUGGAAGAAUUGACAGAUGAACGCGCGGAAUACCGAAAUGGAUUCAACAGUGGAGGACAAUUUGGUAAUCAAGCUGUCUAUGGAGUAUCGAGUCCUGAUGUUGGUGGUCAAAGCGAAAGAUUCAAUCCUGGAAGUUCGGGAGUGUUUGCAGGUAUGGAUGGAUAUAACGGAGCAGGUCCACAAUUCGUUGGUCAUAGGGAAGAAUUCAAAAAUGGACACCCGGAAUACCCAAUUGUAUUCAACAGUGGAGGAGGAUUUGGUAGCCAAGGUUUUUAUGGAGUAUCGAGUCCUGAUGUUGGUGGUCAAAACGCACUAUUCAAUCUUGAAAAUCUGGGAGGAAAAAGCCAAACAUUAAAUAAUAAUGAUAAUAGAGGCGCAUAUGGCGUAGCAGGUGCCAAUAUUGGUGUUGAAAGCGAUAGAUUCAAGGGAUUCAGUAACGGAGAAGGAGUUGACGGUCACGGUACACAAGCCGGUCUGCAGCGGAAUAACAGUCACUCUACAUUUGUUCAUAAGUGCGCUUUUUGUAACCCUGGCCCAUGGGCCCGGAGUUGACUGCAAAUCCUUAAAAUGUGAAAGUGUAAAUAUUCAAUAUUUGGUAGAUUUUUCCUUGUUUGAGAAGUAUAAAUUAUUUGUAAUAUUCACCGAAAAUUUCAAGAUUAAAGGUUAUAUACCCUUGCAGUUAAAAAAAAAGUCAAUGCUUUUAAAA